UCGCCGCGUGGAGCGGAGCGUAGAGUUGUGCUGCGCUGCCCUUCCGUAGUUACCUUCGCUGUCGUGGAGUCAGUCGGCGGUGAGGCGAGAGGGCGGUUGCGGUGUCCAUCAUGCGGAAAGUUGUUCUAGUGACAGGUGCCAGUGGCGGCCUCGGCCUCGUUCUGUGCGAGCGCCUCCUGUCCCUGGACAGCCAGGUGCACCUGUGCAUGGCCUGCAGGAACGUGCGGAAAGGAGAGGCUGCCCGCAACGGCCUGCUGGCCUCCCACGCCGAUGCCGACAUCGCGCUCCUUCAACUUGAUGUCAGCAGCGUUCGCUCGGUCCUCAAAGCAGCACAGGAGUUCAAGAUGAGGUAUAACAGACUGGACUACCUGUACCUCAAUGCUGGGAUUAUGCCAAACCCGAAAUUGAACUUCAAAGCCCUUUUCAAGGGUAUUUUCUCCAGAAAUGUUGUUAGGAUGUUUGCCACCGCAGAUGGCCUCCUUACACAGGAAGACCGACUGACUUCAGAUGGACUGCAGGAAGUUUUUGCCACUAAUAUCUUUGGUCACUUCUUGCUGACAAGGGAACUUGAGCCAGUCUUGUGCCAGCCUGGCCUGACUUCCCAGCUGAUCUGGACCUCGUCCAACAACGCCAGGAGGUCAGCCUUCAGCCUGGAUGACAUCCAGCACAAAAAGGGGUCUGAGCCUUACAGUUCUUCCAAGUAUGCCUCUGACCUUCUCAGUGUGGCCCUGAACAGGCACUACAACAACAAGGGGCUCUACUCAUCAGUGAUAUGUCCAGGAGUGGUGAUGACCAAUCUCACCUAUGGUAUCUUGCCCUCCUCAGUUUGGACACUCCUCAUGCCCAUCAUGUGGCUGAUCCGAAUCCUCACCAACACAUUUACACUGGCACCAUACAACGGAGCGGAGGCAUUGUGCUGGCUGUUCCAGCAGAAACCAGAGUCACUGGAUCCAGUAGCAAAAUACCACAGUUUAACAUCAGGCAUGGGGAAAAACUACAUAGAGGCUCGCAAGUUGGAUGUGGAUGAAGAUAUGGCAGAGGCCCUCUAUGAAAAAUUACUGCAACUUGAAAAAAAAAUGUGUAAGAAGGUCAGGAAUGAAGAGGAGGACAUUUCUGACCCUGGACAAUAUCUUAACCACAAUGAUACUUUUAAAAGAGCUUUACAUUUAUGAGCUGUAGCUGAAUAUUCCUUAUUGAAUUUACACCAGUUAUUCAUUGGGACCAUUUUCCACAUUUCAGUAGCUUUUAUAGGGCAACUCUGAACACAUAGUCAGUUUUUAAACACACCCCCUAUUUUCGACUGUGUGAAGGGGUAACGAUGUCCAAGUGAGUCCAAUCCAUAGCAGAUGAAGGUCAGUCAUUAUUAACCUGGUCAUAGUGAUUACAGUACUCAAAUUAAGGCAUUUCAAGGCAUUUUGCUGUUGCUAUUGCAUUCAGUAUCACAUCCUCCAGAUAAAUUAUGCACAGAGAUUAAAAUAGUAACUGUGGUGAUUCAUAUGCCAUGAAUUGAUUAGAUGAAAAAUAAAACUAUGUCCUAAGAGCAUAAAUAUCCCAAACCUCUUGAGAAUUACAAAUUUCCCUAUUCUGUUUUUACCUGGGGAUUAUUUUAAUUAAUAUUUUACCUUAAAAAUUUAGAAAUAUUGGUAAAAAUUAUUGAAACAAGGUGACUAGGAUAGUUACAUAACAUGAAGUGUGAAAUUUCUGUGUUUCUGGCUGCAUGCAUAAUAUAUUCGCACAGAUUUGUGAGGUCAUAGUUGUCCCAGGUAAAUACCAGUUUUGUUUUACAAGUUAACAACUGUACAAGCAUUUAUCGUCAAAGACGGAUUCCUAAGAAGGGCUACACCAUGGAAAAUUAAUAGUUGUUACUAUAAUAUAAAUGUUGGUAAGAACUGACCAAUGCUGUAUAAACUGUACACGCGUAAAGUGUUGGCCAAUUUUUGGAAUUUUGAGUAGUGUAUAUUUCAUAAGGUGCUAAAUGCAUUCACAAAGAAGACAGGACAGAAUGAGGAUGAAGUCAGGUAAAACACUGCACGACACCACACUAAUAGGUGCUAGUCUCUACAUUUUGUGACUUGACUUUUUGCCUUGGUCACUUGUAGCAAUGUAGCAGC